ACACAAUGUUAUUUUGCUCGCCGUCUUGAUGCCUUGAUGAAGUGUUGCUUGAUUUUUUAUUUUAUUAAGAUGUGUGUUUGAUUCAGAUGUAAUUAUUAACGAUGAUGAAAAUAUUUAUAGAGUGAUGUAACAUUACCCAAAUGUAACCCUCUCAACUCUCCCUUUAACAUUUCCAAUAUAUACACAUGCAUAUUUAGACACAAACACAGAAGCACAUGAGAUUACAAUAGCUAGAUAGUUGUCCCUAAUUCAUAAACCAAAACAUGUUACCACUUGUUCUUCUAGCUUUUGCUCUCUUGCUAUUCUUCUUCUUCAAAAAACACAAAACAUCUAAGAAACCAAAUCUUCCACCAGGACCUAAAGGCCUUCCCUUAAUUGGAAACUUACACCAACUUGAUAGUUCAGCUCUUGGUGUAGACUUCCACGAACUCUCAAAGAAAUAUGGCUCUUUAGUCUUCCUUAAACUUGGUUCAAGACAAACACUUGUUGUUUCAUCAGCUAAAAUGGCCAAAGAAGUAAUGAAAACACACGAUAUCGAAUUUUGUAACCGACCUGCUUUAAUCAGCCAUAUGAAAUUCUCCUAUGAUGGAUUAGACCAAGUUUUUUCACCAUAUAGAGAAUAUUGGAGACACACCAAAAAGUUUUCAUUCAUCCAUUUUCUUAGUGUAAAACGUGUCUCAAUGUAUUACUCAGUUAGAAAAUAUGAAGUAACUCAAUUGAUAAAGAAAAUAUCAGAAUAUGCUUCUAGCAACAAAGCUAUGAACCUUCAUGAGCAUCUUACUUGUCUCACAAGCACCAUAGUUUGUAGGACCGCGUUCGGUCGAAGGUAUGAAGAGGAAGGAAAUGAGCGUAGCAUGUUUCAUGAUUUGCUUAAAGAAGCCCAAAACUUGACGAUUUCAUUCUUUUACACCGAUUAUUUGCCUUUUCUUGGAGGAAUCGUUGAUAAGUUCACUGGAAUGACAGGUCGUCUUGAGAGAACGUUCAAAAAUUUAGAUGUAUUUUUUCAAAGUGUUGUUGAUGAACAUCUUGAUCCAGAGAGGAAAAAGUUGCCUCCAAAUGAAAUGGAUGUAAUUGAUGCAUUGAUUCAAUUGAAGAAUGAUCCUUACUGGUCAAUGGAUCUCACUUCUGAACAUAUCAAACCUUUGAUCAUGAAUAUGUUGUUGGCGGGAACAGACACAAUUGCAGCCGCAGUAGUGUGGGCUAUGACUGCACUAAUGAAGAAUCCAAGAGUGAUGCAGAAAGUACAAGACGAAAUUCGAAAAGCGUUCAAAGGGAAGGGUUUUAUAGAGGAAGAAGAUGUUCAAAAGCUUCCAUAUCUAAAGGCAGUUAUAAAAGAAUCGAUGAGAUUGUAUCCAACAUUGCCCAUACUUUUACCAAGAGAAACGAUGAAAAAGUGUAACAUUGAUGGAUAUGAAAUUCCAGAUAAGACACUGGUGUUUGUGAAUGCUUGGGCAAUUCAUAGGGACCCCGAAGCGUGGAAGAAUCCAGAAGAAUUUUAUCCGGAGAGAUUCCUAAAUAGUGAUAUAGAUUUAAAAGGACAAGAUUUCGAGUUGAUUCCAUUCGGUUCGGGCAGAAGAGUUUGUCCUGGAUUAAACAUGGCGGUUGCUACAGUGGAGCUUGUACUUGCUAAUCUUCUCUAUUUGUUUGAUUGGGAAAUGCCUGAAGGAGUAAAGAGUGAAGACAUAGACAUUGAUGGUCUUCCAGGACUUGUUAAACACAAGAAACAUCCUUUGUGCCUUGUUGCUAAGAAGCGAAUUGCAUGUGUGUUAUCUUAAUGAUAAGAAAAUAAAGCAUGCUUGUUUGUUACCAAGACAUUACUAUAUAUGCCAUUUCCUUAUUUGAGCUGAUAAAGCCAUGCUUUCAUGGGGUCUCUAAAGAAUGUAUCUGGAGAUGAAGUGUUAGUGAAAAAAUUGUGUAUGGAUGAAACUCUUUCUAUGGUAUUUUAAUAAGAGACUCUAUCUUUGUAUUAUAUGUUCAAAUAAAUAAAAAUCAUCUUUCUAUGUA